CAACUUUCACUUCAUCCUCCUCCUCCACUUCACCAUGGCCUCGCUCGCCCGGUUACGCCCUCGUCUUCCACGAAGAUUCCCCAUCGGCGUGCGGUCUUUGCAGACCUCUGCGGACACAACAAUACUCACCGAGGAUGCGUCGCACUCGAAGCCCUUCACCGUGACGCUCCACGAAGACUCGUUUCGCGCGUACAAGACAGACGUCCCCUCACUAGACGUCGAAGUCUCGAAGGACGAGCUCUUGGGCAUGUACAAAACGAUGCAGACCAUGCGGAGGAUGGAGAUGGCCGCGGACACUCUCUACAAGCAGAAGCUCAUUCGUGGCUUCUGCCACUUGGCUAUUGGGCAGGAAGCUGUCUCCGUCGGCCUUGAAGCGGGAAUUACCUCCGAGGAUCGGGUCAUUACUGCCUACCGCUGCCACCCGUUUGCUGUCCUCCGCGGGGGUACCAUCAAAGGCGUCAUCGGCGAGCUUCUCGGUCGCCAGUGUGGCAUGUCCAAUGGAAAGGGUGGCUCGAUGCACAUCUUCACCAAGUCCUUCUUCGGUGGCAACGGUAUCGUCGGCGCGCAGGUGCCCCUCGGUGCUGGUAUUGCCUUCGCCCAAAAAUACAUGAACCAGUCCGCUGCGACCUAUGCCAUGUAUGGAGACGGCGCGUCCAACCAGGGUCAGGUGUUCGAGGCGUUCAACAUGGCGAAAUUGUGGGAUCUGCCAUGCGUCUUCGUCUGUGAAAACAACAAGUACGGAAUGGGUACCUCCGCAGAGCGCAGUUCGUCCAACACCGAGUAUUUCACUCGUGGAGACAAGAUCCCUGGAAUCCAGGCGAACGGAAUGGACAUUAUCGCUGUCAAGAAGGCUGUUCAGCACACGCGUGACUGGGUCACCAGCGGCAAGGGUCCGAUCCUGCUGGAAUUCGUUACCUACCGUUAUGGUGGUCACUCCAUGUCCGACCCUGGCACCACCUACCGUACCCGUGAGGAGAUCCAACGCAUGCGUUCGACCCAGGACCCCAUUCGCGGUCUCCAGCGCUAUAUUGAAGAGUGGGGUCUUGCCUCCGAGGAGGACCUCAAGAAAUUCGACAAGGAAGCUAAGGCCGAGGUCGAUGCCGCGGUCGAGGAGGCCAAGGCGUCGCCGUUCCCACUCGAGAAGGACCUCUGGUCAGACAUCUACUACAAGGGCACCGAGCCGCCGUCCAUGCGUGGCCGUGAGAGCGAGGAGGUCCACUACUACUGAGUAUCCCCCGCUCGUCUGCAUACUGCGUUUGGACGUGGUUUUGGUAUCUACACGAUAGACGGUUGACUGUACCUGGGCUGGGCUUGUGUUUGCAGUACGCUACAUAGUACUUAUAUUGCGAUGACACUCGCGUAUAUCCUCGC